ACACUCAUAGCACACACUGAAGGCACACCAAAUGCAUCAUACAGACAGAAGAAGGUACAGUAGCAGGGAUUGCUGACUCAAGAUGAAUGUGACCAGAUUGCCUCUUUACUGGGGAGUUUGAUUGGACGUUUGAAGUCAACACUGGAAAAUAAGACAGUGGCGUAUCCAUGUGAGAUGUCUUAGCUUUACUGCCACACAGUCCCUGAUCAUGGUCUGAAUCAGUGGAUAAGUCAGUACAUUUAUUGCAUUUUCCACUUGGUUUGGUUUCUUUUCACAUAGAAAAAAAUUCAGGCAAAAACAAAAUGCAACACUGAAAGCCAGGUGAGAAUGUUCCCUCCAAGGCAACAUACUUCAUUAUUCAGGUUGGGCCUUGAUUCGUCUCCAGCUAGCUGCUAGCAACUGUUAGUUUUGUUCAUCCUCACCCCAGCAUGCAAACCGCACCUGGCUAGGAGAGCUUAUUAGCUCAACCGUGCACAAUAUAUCUUGCAGUAGGGUCAGACUGAGGUCAGAUCACGUUCCCACCACAAACAAACCGCUACAGAAUUCAUUUGUGACGAUUGCUGAUUUUAGAUCUGCCCACACAAAUUGCACCAAGGAAAACUAACCAAAGUCCCGGUCAAUCAGACAAAACAACACAGGUUUGAAAACACUUUAUACAUAUCCACUCUGAGACUGUCUUGGACAAGCUGUGUUUUAGAGAGAGAGAAAACCCUGGCUUAGUGAUAAGAGGAACAAAACAUUUUCAAAUGUAUCUGUCUUGUUGUGGACAGUGGUGGAACUGUUCUUGUGUAUUUAGCAUUUUAAUAGAGUAUUUUACAUUGUAACAUUGGUACUUUUACUUAAGUUAGGGAUUUGAAUGCUUCUUCCACCUUGUAACAAGUCACAAGACCUUGCAAGUCUCUGAAUGCUGAAUCCUCAUUUUUGUGACUUACUGUCCAAAUUGUAAGCGUAUUCUUUUGCAGAAAUCCAACAGCCCCGUGUUACACUUCACUCCGUGAUUGUGUAAAAAUGUUGGGGGGCGGACAAGCUAGCUGAUGCUGACUUGGUGAAUCUAAACAGGUCUUUCCCAUGAUCAAACGACAUGCUGAUGUGACUUCACCCCACGUCCUUUGAGUCAUGGACCAUUUUUGGAUUGAAUCAAAACCAGGGGAACACAUUGUCUCAGAGCUUCCUUUGUUAUUCAAAAUGUCCCGGCAGCCGUGAGUCCACAGCUCUGGGAUUGGACUGUACUGGGUCUGCCCCUGCUUUCUCAGGAUAAGGGAGGCAGGGACAGUGCAGGGGGAAUGGGCAGUGCUCCUGGUCUGCUGCAACUGGCUGCUAACAGAUGAACACUUUGCUGGAGAGUGAGGACUGACUGAGCACAAUACCAGCACCCAGACACUGUGGGAGAGAGAGAGAGAGAUAGAGAGAGAGAGGGGUAGAGAGACACUGAGCAACAACGGUGCAGCCAAGGAGACCACAGAAAAACUCUUCCCCCAAAUCCCCAACUCUGCAGAGAAAGGAGAGAAAGAAGCAGCAGGGACAAACAAAAGCAUUCUUGGCUUUCAGUUUAAAGGAAGAAGAAAAAAAAUUGAACAAUACCUUGGGCGAGAUCAUUUACUUGAAAUACAAAUUCAAGGAGAAAAGCGUGACAGGACGGCGUCAGUCAGCAGUCAGUCUCGGGUUUAUCAUCUGUGAAACAUCUCCACAUACAUACUAACGGAUGAUAAAUACAUCUGGGAGAAGAAACUAGCAGAAACAGGAUGAGAGCAACAAUGAGGAUCACAUGGCUGCUGUUUUCACUCAGCUUCCUAUUUUGCAGCAUCUGUUCAGGGGUUACAGCUACUCCUGAUGAUAAGUCAACUACUCCUACUGCAGUAGCUACUUCAUCCAGCAAUCCGCCAACUACUGCCAAUCAAAAAGAAAACAAUACUGUAAUAGCUGACAACGGCGAUCAGAAAAGCACAACCAUGACGACGUCUGCACAGACAACUACUGUGGUCACCACUCGAAGUCCCACUGCCACGCCUGCAGUCACCACCCAAUCACCGACAACCACCGUCACAAGCAACACGCCACAGACGACUCACACCACUGGUGCCUCCUCCACUGUGACGGUUACUACUCCUACUACUACUAUCACUACCCAAGCUGCAACAACUGACAAAAGCAGCUCUACCACUGCUGCCACAACACAGACGACUGAAAUCUCUUCAACCAUUAAAACCUCCGUGAUUCCAUCAUCUCUCACGACAACAACGCCAGCCACCGUCGCAGCGAAUGACGCUAAAUCAGAUCAACUGUCCACGCUGUCCACCACCUUUACAACAAAGCUGAUUGAAAAUCCAGUGACAACUUCUGGGAUAUCUCCAAGUGACAAGCAGACAGCAACAAGCACCCCAGAGCCAACUGGGAGCACAGAGGCCACCAGCACCCUCUCCACUCUGACCAGUACAUCAUAUCCUGCAGCAUCAAACACAGCUGGAACCACACCCUCACAAACCACCACCACCGCCACCCCCACCACCACCACCACCACCACCACCACCAGAACCACAACCACCAUAGCGCCUCACCCAAAAACAUUUUUGUACACUCUAAACAAUGGACAGGAGAAAGGGGACGAGAAAAAUCUGGUAGAGGUGUGCAAGCGGCUGAUGGUGAACUUUGAAGAGGGAAACUGCACUCUGACGUGGCGGGAGCACAACGACAAAGUAGAAAUUUACAGUGCGGAGAUACAUGGCAAAGUGAAGCUCACCAUUGUAACCCAGUAUUACGGAGAAAUCACCAAGACGCCAACAGAUAACAAAACCCUGAUUGCUAUCCUGGCCUCCUGUGGAGCUCUGCUGAUCAUGAUCGUCAUCCUCGCCGUGUGCGCUUCCCACCACCGCAAGCCAUACAACGAGAACCAGCAACACCUGACGGAGGAGCUGCACACGGUGGAGAACGGUUACCAUGACAACCCCACGCUGGAGGUGAUGGAGGUGCAGCCAGAGAUGCAGGAGAAGAAGGUGGCGCUGAACGGCGAGUUCAACGACAGCUGGAUCGUCCCCAUCGACAACCUCCUGAAGGAGGACAUACCCGACGAGGAGGACACCCACCUGUAGGGAGGAGCAGGGGCAGAGGAGAACCAAACCAAACACACCCUCCCAUCUUACACUCCUGACCCUGGGACCCUCGUCUCCGCGGCCAGAGAAUUUCUCAGAUAGAAACACAUCCUACUGAACAACCAAGCCACUAUAUUCACCUUCAUUAUCUGCUCUGUUUGAUGUAUUUCUGCUGUAUUUAGUUAUCAAAAAGAAAUGAGGAUCAAAAAUCAAACACCCGGAGGAUGAAGAAGCAAUGAAAUCAUAGAAAAUGGCCUUGGAAAAUGGACAUUGAAGAACCAACUAAAUCCAUCUAUUGUGCCUUUAAAGUUGGCUUUAUAGAAGUAUUUGAUAUCACUGACUUCCUACAGAGCACAAUUGAAUCUUUUUCGUCAUUACAAAAAUGUCCCCAAAAAGAAAAUUGCGCACGUAGGAUUAUAUUUUGUCUUUUCUCUUGAUGUACUCAACAAGAGAAAGUGGAUUUGUACACGAGCACCUGUAAAUAGAGUAUUUUUAUAUAUUAUUUUCCUCCAAGAGCUUUAUGAUCUUGCAAACUUGUGGCUUUGCGUCAUCAUCUGGCUCCAGAAGCAAGAGGAAGCAGAUCAGAGAGGUAACAUCAACGUCAGCUGCCUUGGUGGCGGUAGAGUUACUAACAUAGAUAGAUGACCUCAGGAUACUUCAAAGCAUCCUGGUGAUUUUCCACGAGUACGUGUCAAAUCUGAAAAACCUGCCAGUGGCUGUACAGGCUGUGCUGGUACAACUGAGCAUUAACCUCUUUCAAAAAAGAGUGUUUCCACAGAGACACUGCUUAAGGCUGACAGUUUUAAAGAAAUCAAGACAAAUGAAGGGUUUUCAUCCAAAAUGCCACAACUCAUGUUUGGGGAAAACCAUGAGAAACGGACAGAAGUCAUUAUCUCUGUCCUCUCCGGCCUCCGGAAAUCCUUCAGUGUUCUUAAAGAGAAACAACUGAUCACAUAUUUUUAGUGAGCUUUGUAAAAAAAAAAAAAAUAAUAAUGCCACAUUAUUUAAAUGCCUUACUUUGAAACUCAAAGGAUAAUUCCACUUUAUUACAUCUUGGGUCUUAUUUUUGUAGUUUUGUCCACCAUUUGUACUGAUUAAAAUAACACUGUAUUGACCAAAGCAGUGCUGAGAUGUGAGAAGACGGUGACAUCGCUACAACAAAGUCUAACAGGGUAAAAAAAAAAAACACGAGCAGUCAGACUAUUCAACUGAAAUUAUGGUUGCCGCGUCCGCGAGUCCGCGUGACGUAAAUGUCGUCAUCAGAAGGUGUGCACGUGGGCUCUGUGCGGACCCUACUCUCGAGCGGACGCGUUCACGUACAGCUGCGGACACCACGGACAGGUAGUUGAUGUAUUUAUACUACCUUCUGGGGUCCGCUCGGAGAACGCGCUCCACACGUGCGCAGUAGAUCGCCGUCUACAGGAACACAACGUUGUGACCGCGCGGACUGGUGCGGACAGGUCCGCCCGGACACAACAAAUUGCAGGUACACGGAUGUCCGCACAGAGCCCACGCUCACACCCUAUAAUGACGAGAUUUACGUGACGCGGACCCUCGCGGAUCCGGCAACUAUUAUUUGAGUUUAAGACAACAGUUCAACCAGAUUAUCUAAACCAUUUUGUUUGGAGAUGAAAUAAACAUGUGAAAAAUUGAUAAUAUUCCAUCAUUGAACAUGAAAACUGCACAGCUACGGUUAGUGCAGCAGGUCAAAGUUGAACCAGGACCGAUUUCACAAAAAUAAAGAUUGGAAAUUGUGGCAUGGACUCAUGCAUGGGUUGCAAAUAUGCUGUUGGAUUUGAUGAGUGAAACGUGCCAAAAUUAAAGGUGAAGUGUGUAAGAUUUAGUGGCAUCUAGUGGAACAGACUUGGCAGAAAUGGAAUAUAAUAUUCGUAAGUAUGUUUUAAUUAAUGUGUAAUCACCUUAAAAUAAGAAUCGGUUUUGUUACCUUACAAUGAACCCUUUAUAUCUACAUUUUCUCUUCUAAAUAUGGCUGCAUUCAAACUGAAACAGCCUUGUGUUAAAACAGUGCAAGAGGAAAUACAAUCCAGGAAGUCCAGUUGGCGCUACAAGUUGAUGAUGGUUAAAUAAUGGCUUUGAGUUGAACCAGGUUUAACCUUUUUGUUGGACGACCCUGCUUUGUUUUGCUGGAGCUCUCUGCGUUUGCACCACUGUGUCAAGGCUCUGCUCCCAUUGAAAUGAAUGAGUGGGGUGUGUUUUUUUCCAUGCAGAGUUCAGCUAACUGGAGGGUUUGUUUACAACCCGACUGACUGUCUGACUGCUUGUGUUUCUGUACAAUGUCAUUUUUACUGAUAGGAAUGAUGGUAAAACUGCUAAGACAACACAAGCUGUACUUAAGUGGAAUUAUCCUUUACAGUAAUUACUCAAAAAUUAUUUAUUGAAGCCAAAACCAACAAACGUUUCUCACUCUUAUAGCUGAUGUUGCAUUUUUGUGAGGGUGCAAAACGCAACGUAUACUUUGCUGUUUAGACGGCAGAAAUAUCACAAAAAUUCAGCCUCCACAACCAGCCAAAUAUCAGUGAUGAGAAGAAUAUUUGAUGCUGACUCUGCUCAUUCUGAUAUUCAAUACAGACACUGUGCCAAUAACUUGGUGCAUCUCUGAAACAAACACUGUAAAUAGUUUGAUGCUGUAGUUUUUUCACUGUUGCUGUUGUGCUGGAGGGCUUGAGUCAUUUGACAUUUGCAGAUGCCUGACUUCACCCUUGUAGCGGAAAGUGAGCACACUUUUGUUUAAACUUCUAUUUUUGGAUUCUGUUCAGUGUAGUAAUUUACUUCCCUUUAAACCAGUUAAUAUAUAUUUACUUUCACUUCAAACUAUAUACAUGUGAAUCCAUCACCUUGGGCACCCCAGUCCAACCUUUGUUUUUUUUUUUUCCCAAUUGUGUGUGUGUAUGUGUGUACAGUUUCACUUUUAUUAUAGCUGUGCCAUUUUCACCAAAGUGCGUUACCAGUAUUAUUUGUAUUUAUGGUUUGUUUGCUGAUGAAAGCAUACAACAGGGGUCUGACACACUGGAAGUUGUAUAUUGUCGAUUGCCUCGGCAGUCAUGUUGUUUUACCUGUUCAGAUUUGCAAAUAAAGGAUGUUUUUUUUUUUUCCA